AUGGGUCCGGUCGCUGCUACCACCGGCACCUACGAUGUCGCACUCAACCGCCGUAAGGCCCUCAUGGGCGAUUCAGGGCCCAUGGCUUUGGUUCAAAAUUUCAGAGUCUUUGGUAUUGCCUGUUUCGCCUGUAUUGGAGGCCUGCUCUACGGCUACAACCAAGGAGUUUUCUCCGGUGUCUUGACUAUGAACAACUUCAUGGAUCAUAUGGGAGACUACGACUCCAAACUCGCAGCAGACCAAACUCGCAAAGGGUGGCUCACCUCUAUUUUGGAACUAGGCGCCUGGGUUGGAACACUGCUGUCCGGCUUCUUGGCUGAGCAGUACUCGAGGAAGAUCAGCAUCAUCAUCGCUACCGGCGUCUUCAUCAUUGGUGUUGUUGUACAGACCACCGCUGUCGCCGCUGGGCACUCGUCCAUCCUUGGAGGCAGAUUCAUCACCGGUAUGGGGGUCGGCUCUCUGUCCAUGAUUGUUCCAAUGUACAACGCCGAGUGUGCUCCUCCUGAAGUCCGGGGUUCUCUCAUCUCGCUCCAGCAAUUCGCCAUUGAGAUCGGUAUCAUGGUCAGCUUCUGGAUUGAUUAUGGGACGAAUUACAUUGGCGGCACAGGAAGUACGCAAUCAGAAGCUUCUUGGCUGGUCCCGAUCUGCCUCCAGCUGGCUCCUGCAUUGGCGCUCUUCUGUGGGAUGAUCUUUAUGCCUUACUCGCCGAGAUGGCUCGUGCAUCACGACAGAGAAGUAGAAGCACGCAAAGUGCUAGCGACUUUGAGAGGACUGUCACAGGAUCAUGAGUUGGUUGAGCUCGAGUUCUUGGAGAUCAAGGCUCAGUCUACAUUCGAGAAGCGGACUGUCGCAGACAAAUUCCCUCACCUGCAGCACCCGGGGGCGUGGAAUACCUUUAAGCUGCAAUUCGUUGCCAUUGGAAGUCUUUUCAAGAGUAUGGCUAUGUUCAGACGAGUGAUUGUUGCUACUGUCACUAUGUUCUUCCAACAGUGGACUGGUAUUAACGCCAUCCUCUACUAUGCUCCCACCAUAUUCCAAAACCUCGGCCUGUCCGGUAACACCAUUUCUCUUCUCGCCACCGGUGUCGUCGGUAUCGUCAUGCUGCUCGCCACAAUCCCUACGCUGUUCUACAUCGACAAACUUGGUCGCAAGCCCAUCUUGACCAUUGGUGCAAUUGGAAUGGGUACCUGUCAUUUAAUCAUCGCCGUCAUUGUCGCCAAAGAUCAAUCCUCCUGGGCCAAGCACACUGCUGCUGGCUGGGCUGCCGUUGCCAUGGUCUGGCUCUUCGUCAUCCACUUCGGCUACUCCUGGGGCCCCUGCGCCUGGAUCCUCGUCGCAGAAGUCUGGCCCAUGUCCAACCGCCCCUACGGCAUCGCCCUCGGCGCCUCCUCCAAUUGGAUGAACAACUUCAUCGUCGGCCAAGUCACGCCGGAUAUGCUGAGCGGCAUCACUUACGGUACUUACAUCAUCUUCGGUCUCUUCUGCUUCAUGGGCGCCGCUUUCAUCUGGUUCUAUGUCCCGGAGACUAAGAGGCUUACGCUCGAGGAGAUGGACAUCCUCUUCGGAACGGAUACGACCGCCAGGGCCGACUAUGAGAGGAUGGAAGCGGUCAAUCGGGAUAUUGGUCUCAAGGGUGCGCUGGGGGGUGAGGGCGGCGGGGCGUUCAGUGAGAAGGAGAAGGUGAGCGAGGAUGGCAAGUCUGACUGA